CAAUUUCAUAAUUACAGGUCUUGGAGCUGGUAGAGGAUUUGAAGAAAUCCUUUAAGAAAAUUAUAGAUGCGACCAAGUGGAUGUCAAAAUUCACCAAGCGUGCUUCAAAAGAAAAGGUUGAUAAAAUGGGAGUGGAAGUAGGAUACCCAGAAGAAAUAUAUAACGAUGCGCUUUUAAACUUGGUUCAUAAGCAAUUUUCCAUUACCUCUGGGAGUCCAUUCACAACAGCCGUUAGCAUGUCUAAAGCAGAAAUGGUCCGCGAAGCACAAUUACUGCGGGAACCCGUUUUUGAUGAUCCAUGGAAUAACUCACCAUUAAUUGUAACUGCAAAGUACCGAAGUAGAACAAAUACCAUAAUAAUAAAUUCAGGAAUACUACAGGACAACGUGUACUCGCAUGGCAGUCCAAAAUAUAUGAACUAUGGCUCAGUUGGCAUGAUUAUUGGUCACGAAAUAACACAUGGCUUUGUUGGUAAAGGUAGGACGUACGAUGAAGAAGGCAAACAGCGGACAUGGUGGUUACAAAGAGAUGUUGACACGAUUGAAAGAAAGACUCAAUGUUUUAUAGACAUGUGGAGUAACUUCACUAUACCUGGAACAGGUGGCAUGAAGAAUGAUGGUGAGUUGACGUUAAAUGAAGUUCUGCCUGAUCACGAAGGAACGCGGAUUAGUUAUAAGGCCUAUCGUAGGAUAGUAGAGAAACAACGGAACGGUAAAGAGGAAAAAAGAUUGCCUGGGCUUCCUUACACACCAAAUCAAUUGUUCUUCAUAAAUUUGGUGCAGCCACUUUGCACCAAUAUAAGAAACGAUAUAAAGAAGUUUUGGAUACAGAACUUUGCGCACCCAUUAUCAUUAAUAAGAUUUGUCGGGCUUAUGCAGAAUAGUGAAGAAUUUGCAGAUACCUGGAAUUGUCCGGUUGGAUCCAAUAUGAAUCCUGCUGACAAAUGCACUCUUUAUCAAUAAAAAUCAAUUAAUAAAUAGUCACUCACUGAAAUAAAACUUAUAUACAUAUAUAUCAUGGAUUAUUUACAUUGGAAGACCAAUGAAUUUAUUUUCAAAAUUAUCGUGUUUUGCUUGCUUGUUUCUAGGUAUAUUCAAUUUUAUCUUCAUCGUCUUAAUUCUGAAUAAUCGUAUAUGAAAUAAA